AUGAGAAGAAUGAAAAGUCGACAGCUAUCAUCAAAAAGUAGCGAUAGUGGCAGUUACGGAAGACGAACACGAAGCAAAAGUCGAGAUCGACGUAGCAGCAGAAGCAGAAGUAGAGAAGAUCGACGUAGUAGCAGGAGUAGAAGUAGAGGUCGACGUAGUAGUAGAAGCGUAAGUCGAGGUCGACGCUAUAGCAGGAGUAAAAGUCAAGAUCGACGUUAUAGCAGGAGUAGAAGUAGAGAUCGACGUAGUAAUCGAAGUCGAAGUCAUGGAAGACGUAGAAGUAAAAGUAGUGGCAAGCGGCAUAGUCGAGAAAGGAGUCAAAGUUAUCUUUGGCAUAAUCGUGAUCGAAGCAAAAGCAGAAGCAGUGAAAGAAUUGGAAAAGAUAAGCAUGAUAAGCGGAGCACGAAGCACCGACAUUCAAAGCAAUGCAGCAAAACUAGCCAAGAAAAAAUGAAGAAUACAGUGAAGGAAAUAGAAGUGAUGAAGUCACGAAUGCGUUCAGCUCUUGAAUCUGCUCAAACAAAAAUGGGUAGUGUCGUUGAAGCAAGAGGUUUAUUGAGUGAUUCAUAUUCAAGUAUGGAUUUGACAGUCAUGGAGACGAUAGCACGACAUCGUGAUAUUGAACGUAUCGAAGAAGAAGGUUUUCAUCAGUCAUCAUUUAUUUCUUCUUCUGGAGGAGCUGGUGGACGAGUGAGGAAAGAGGAUGCAACAGAUCGUACAGCAAUGGUAACUAAGAAAGAAGAUGAACAUGAUAAAGCGAUGUUUGGACCAAAAUGGCGAGAUGCCGAGAAAAGAUAUAGUGAUGAGAAAAAAGAAGCAGUUGGUGAUGUUGAAGUCGAUAAGGAAAUACCGCUUGCCAAUGCACGGUUUUUCGAAGAUCAAAUUGUACGUGAAGAGCGCUGGUUAAAGAUAUAUCGCGAAAGGCGAGCAAAACUGUUGGGUUUGUAA